AGACAGCACAACCCCUGUUGUAAAAGGUCAGCUAUACCUUUCCUCCUGGGUCUGACCAAGUUCCCUCUCCGCAGCUGGGUCAGCCUUGAUUCACAGGGAGAAGGACUUUGCUGCCCAUGCACAGGUCUCUGGGGGCAGAUGGAGGCUGUGGGUGACUCGCUAUGCAGGAUCUGGCUGCUUUGCCUGCUGUUCUGGGUGGGACAAGGGAGGCAGAUGGCUCCCCCAGGUUUUGUAGAGAGCAGUUGCCGCUCCAGGAUUUUCUGGAUGAAACUGAAUAAACUCUUGCUCCAGGGAAAGUUCUUCCAGCUGGAAAUCUAUGAUCCUUACGCUGGCCCCGUUCUGCUGGAUGAGAAACUAGCAUCUCGCUGUGGCUAUGUCCUGUCAGAAGACGUGUGGGGCAACCCCAUCUUCCGUGCAUCGGUGCUUGGCUGUCAUGUGGCCAACGAGGCAGAUGAGCUGUUUUCACUGACUGUGAACAUCAAGGUCUCCUCAUUUUCAAGCAUGCGGGCAGCUGUGACCUACACCUACCCUAUGUACUGCUCCUACUCUCCCUGGGCUGCAAGAGAAAUUGUGUGUGAAGAAAACUACAUGGAGGUAUCCGUGAAGACUGACGUCCCUGCAGUUUCAAAUGACUACACCGUGGCGUGGAUGUCUGCACUGCCAGAGACUCAAAAUGUUGCAUACCAGCUAUGGCAACUGAUGUUUGUCUCUCCAUCAGGGAGAAAGACAAUAACAGUAAGCGAUGCAGCAAAACUGGGCUACAGCUUCAAUAACACGCUGUCCCGAGUGUACCUCCGUGCGCCCUAUCACAGCAACGAGUCCGACGUCAGCGCGGUCAGUGGUGUAAAUAUGAACAUGGUCACUUCCACUUCAAUGUACAGGCAGCGGUGGCUGCUUUUGCUGAUUGACACAACUGUCUCCUGUCCUGUUGAUGGCAUCAGUUUCACCGAUACUACGCUAACAUGGACUGUGCCAAGCGUUAUCCCCACGUUAGUGGCUCAAGAAUCCACCUUUCUGUCUAAAAGCAUUUUAAUGGGAGUCGAUGAUCGAGUCAUAGUAAACCCGGAGGAGAAGAACUACUUGUUGGAGCACAACGAGACACACAUCACAGUAACUAUCCCUAUUGGAGCAGAAGGAGGCAAGCUAAAGAGCUCCGUGUUUGGAGGUGUAUAUGGAGUCAUUUACAGUAUUGACUUGUUUUUGGAGCACACGUGGACAGAUGCAGAUUGGCAAACCACAAAGUAUACUGUCGUCAAACCCGUCACCACCCCUUUCAUGCCACAAAUACCAACUGUUAUCAACAAAUUACCAGAAGCAGCUGGUUACUGUGAUGAAGAAAACCUGUAUCUAGCCAUCCCUACUUUUGGCUUGCACCAGUACUGGAACCUGUAUCUUGGUAACAAGCUCCUGAACCGGCACAUUGCGCUUACCAACGGGUGUGAGAUUAACGGCAGCGAGUACGUUGCAGAGUUCUGUCCAGUAGCUGUUAGCGCCAGG